AUGAAACGAAGAGAACGUAGCUGGAUGUAUAAAAGGACGAUUGGGCAAAGUAUUAAUCCAGAUUUCGUGAAAGGAGUUGAUGAAUUCAUUCAGUAUGUCAGAGAUCAUCCCGAGAGUAGUAAUCCGGAUGAGGUUAGGUGUCCAUGUGUUAAAUGUAAGAACAAACGCCUUUGGAAUGCGGAUACGGUUAAAAUUCAUCUGUAUGACAAGGGUUUCGUACCUAACUAUUAUGUGUGGAUGUGUCAAGGGGAGGGGUAUCCGGGAGUUCCCGAACGGCGGUCCAAUGAAUAUCAUGACAUGGUUUUGGAUGCUUUUGGUCAUAGUCAAGAUCAGGGGCAUUCCGAGGAGGCUAGUGUUUCAGCAGAGGAGGAGCCUAAUGAAACUGCUAAGCAUUUUCUGGAUUUGUUGAAGGCUUCUGAAAGAUAUGUUGAUGGGUUUAUUUCUUUGCUAAGUGAGGCGAUUCCGAACAACAAUCAUAUGGCCGACACUUUCUACGAGGUGAAGAAUAUUGUGAAGGGGUUGGAACUGUCCCAUCAAAAGAUUCAUGCGUGCCCGAAAGGGUGUAUGUUGUUUUGGAAGGAUGAUGCUCAGUUGUCUAAAUGCAGGGUAAGUGGCAGCGACCGAUACAAGCAGACUUCCAAAGGUAGCCUAGUGCCUUUGAAUGUUCUAUUUUAUUUCGCGAUCACACCCAGGUUGCAAAGACUGUUUGCAACGAAGAACAUUUCGGAGGAAAUGACAUGGCAUUCGAAAAAUCCCAUAGUUCAAGGCACAAUGGCACACCCUAGUGACAGCGCAGCUUGGAAGCACCUCGAUUGUCGAUUUCCAGAGUUUGCUUCUGAGCCUCGUAAUGUGAGACUUGGCUUGUGUACAGAUGGUUUUGCUCCUCAUGUCGGCGCGGCUACUUAUGAUAUUUCGAAGAAACAGAAUUUCAAUCUUCGAGCAGCCAUCCUAUGGACCGUUAGUGACUUCUCGGCUUAUGGCAUGUUGUCUGGUUGGGCCACGGCUGGUAAGAAAUCUUGUCCACAUUGCAUGGAGAAGACCAAAGCAUUUUGGCUUGAACAUGGUGGUAAAGUUUCUUGGUUUGAUUGCCACCGACAAUUCCUGCCGACAGAUCACCCUUUUCAGAACAGUAAAACAGCAUUCUGUAAAAACAAAGUAGAGAAAGGAGCCCCUCCACAGAUCAUGCCAGGAGAGGAGUUGUGGGAAUGUGUUAAGGACCUUCCGAAGGUUACAGAUGGACCCGAUUCAAUUAAAAGGCUGAAAAAUGAAAAGAAGGGGUGGUUCAAGCAAAGCACCUUGUGGGAGCUCCCAUAUUGGAAGCAUCUCCUCAUUCGUCACAACUUAGAUGUCAUGCACAUCGAGAAGAACUUCUUUGAUCAGUUAAUUCACACUGUAAUGGAUGUGAAAAAGCUUACGUGUGACACGCCUUCAGCUCGGAAUGACAUUGCUAAAUAUUGUAAACGUCCCAAGCUUCAUCUUCAAGAGGAUGAUAGAGGAAAAGAGGUAAUGCCAAAGGCUCCAUUCGCUCUUGACAAGGCUCAGAGAAAAGUUUUGUAUGAGUGGGUUAAAUAG